UGUCGCUGUACAAAACAGUACAGAUCGCCCAGCUCUCCUCCGACAGCUACUCGGGAACAUUUUGCAAAGAGGACUGUGAAACAUGGAGCGUUUAUAGGGAAGUAACAGGCUCCACACGUCGGAUACUUGGUCUGCCACUCAUUCUUCUGGGCACUCCUUGUUUUUUGUGUGCUGAAUGUGGAUCGAAUUCAGCAGGGAUCCCAGCAGACAUUCCCUGGUGGUUUGGAAAUGGCAACUGCUCUCAGUGGCCGAAACCCUGGUGGACGAGGACAGAACCGAAGUAAGGGUCGGAUUUUAGGUAUUAUUGAUGCCAUCCAGGAUGCGGUGGGGCCACCAAAACAAGCGGCAGCUGACCGGAGGACCGUGGAGAAAACCUGGAAACUCAUGGAUAAAGUUGUCCGGCUGUGUCAGAAUCCCAGACUACAGCUGAAAAACAGUCCACCGUACAUCCUGGAUAUCUUACCUGAUACCUACCAGCACCUGCGUCUUAUACUGGGCAAAUAUGAAGAGAACCAGAAACUCACACAGCUCAGUGAGAAUGAGUAUUUUAAAAUCUACAUCGAUAGCCUUAUGAAGAAAUCCAAACGGGCCAUCCGGCUCUUCAAAGAGGGAAAGGAGAGGAUGUAUGAGGAGCAGUCACAGGACAGGAGGAACCUGACCAAACUGUCUCUGAUCUUCAGCCACAUGUUGGCUGAAAUCAAAGCCAUCUUUCCCGGAGGACAGUUCCAGGGGGAUACGUUCAGGAUCACCAAAGCCGAUGCCGCUGACUUCUGGAGGAGAUUUUUUGAAGAUAAGACAAUAGUGCCAUGGAAAGUCUUCCGACAGUGCCUUCAUGAAUUGCAUCCUAUCAGUUCGGGCCUGGAGGCCAUGGCCCUCAAAUCUACCAUUGAUCUCACCUGCAAUGACUAUAUUUCUGUGUUUGAGUUUGACAUCUUCACACGCCUCUUCCAGCCAUGGGGAUCAAUUCUAAGAAACUGGAAUUUCCUGGCAGUGACACAUCCUGGCUACAUGGCCUUCCUUACCUAUGAUGAAGUCAAGGCCCGACUACACAAAUACAUCAACAAGCCCGGCAGUUACAUCUUCAGACUGAGUUGUACACGCCUGGGCCAGUGGGCCAUUGGUUAUGUGACCAGUGAUGGAAACAUACUGCAAACCAUUCCCCACAACAAACCACUGUUCCAGGCCCUCAUCGAUGGCUACAGGGAGGGCUUCUACCUGUUCCCUGAUGGUCGCAGUUACAACCCUGACCUCACUGGUUUAUGUGAGCCAAUGCCUCAUGAUCACAUCAAAGUGACACAAGAGCAGUAUGAGCUGUACUGUGAAAUGGGCUCCACCUUCCAGCUUUGUAAGAUCUGUGCUGAGAAUGACAAAGACAUCAAGAUCGAACCUUGCGGUCACCUUAUGUGUACUUCCUGUCUUACGGCCUGGCAGGAAUCAGAUGGUCAGGGUUGUCCAUUCUGUCGCUGUGAGAUCAAAGGAACAGAGCCCAUCAUUGUCGAUCCCUUUGACCCACGAAAUGAGGGCACCAAGUGCUUCUUCCUGGACCAGCAUAGCUGCCACAUGCUGGAGCUGGAUGAUGAGGAAGACCGAGAAGACUGUCUGGUCAUGAAUGGCCUGGCCAGUAUCAGGAAGUGUGCCGAGCACCAGAACUCGCCCCUAGUGUCUCCCAGCUCUUCACCUGUCAGCCAACACAGAAAAACCCAUGGUGGGGAAUCUGGCCACUGCACCCAGCACCUCAGCCUUCCCCCUGUCCCGCCACGACUCGACCUCAUUCAGAAAGGUGCCGUCCGCUCCCCAUCUGCGAGUCCAGCCGGCUCCCCAAAGUCUUCACCAGGCAUGUCCAGGAAGCAAGACAAACCCCCCCCAGCCCCACCUCCUCCCCAGAGAGACCCCCCUCCACCGCCUCCCCCUGAGCGUCCUCCUCCCAUACCCCCAGAGUCACGCCACUCUUGGCUGCCCAGUUCCUCUUCCUCAGCCUCCUCCAUGUCAACUUCUAUCGCCGCAUUGUCAGACGCCCAGAUGGUCUCUGAGACACGAUGUCCCAAAGACAACCUUUUGGCAGAUGCUCAUAUGACUGGAGCUGAACCCCAGCUUCAGCUUGGAUCUGCUGGCCCUACCCACCUGAAUGGAAGACCGCUCAGUUGUCCAUCUGCAGGGUUUGGGAGGUUACUACAUAAAAUGGAGGGGGCAGGAAACUCAGAGAGCUCUAAGCCCUUCUCCAAUGGUGUGCAAGGCAGUGAUGAGUAUGACAUCCUUCCCUCACGGCACUCGCCAACUCAGUACAAACUUGCCAGUAGCCACAAACCCUCCAACCCUUUCAGCAGCCCUGUGAUAGAACGACAGUGGGAAGCGAUGGAGAGGAUGGAGGAUCAGAUCCCUUCAUCCAGCCUCUGCCUGAGCCAGUCUCCCAUCUGCAUCCCUGUUCCCAGCAGGCACCUGGAGAAUGGCUCUCCAGAGCCCUCUAUCGAGGAGAUGAAGCCAUGGCCCCCUGAACCUGGUGGACACCAAGAAUCGGGCAGGGGCUUUGUCCCAGGGGCAGCACAUCCUGCGCUCUGCGCCUUCAACACCAAUAAGACACCCUCUGACUAUGACAUUCUGCUGCCCCCUCAAGCAUUAGAAGACCCCUUCAACAGCCAUCCUCUAUCCCAGUCUCCUCCUGGCCCCCCUCCUCCUCCACCGGCACGACACAGCUUCACUGAUCUGUCCAGCUCCUCACCGUCCUCAUCCUGCAACUCCUCCACAUGCUCUUCUGUCAGCGCACGACCACACAGGCCCACCUCUGGACAUGAGCACUUACUGUUAAAUCCUGCAUCGCUGGACUGUUUGCAGGCCCCUGCCAGGCCGCCCAAGCCACUGCCCAGGAAGAUCCCCCCAGACAUUCAUCCAGGCAAGCCCCACAGCCUGGAGUCAGAAAACAUGGACGCCAAGAUUGCCAAGCUGAUGGGGGAGGGAUACUCCUUUGAGGAUGUGAAGCGUGCACUGAUGAUUGCCCAGUACAAAGUGGACGUGGCCCGAAACAUUCUGCGAGAGUUUGCCUUAGUGGCCCCAAGACUGAAUCUCUAGUCCUACAGACUGUGAAAGGGAGCACAAUUUUGAAGCUGUGCCUCUGAAUGGACUGUUUAAAAAGGGCUUCUUCAUUCUGCUUGGCCUUGGACUGUUGGACAAAAGAAUGAUCAACAAAAACAAAUAUUUCAAGGGAGACUUGCUUUUCGCUGCCGAACAGACAUGGCAACACACAACAAAGUGGCUUAAACCAAACACAGAAAAUCAAAAAAGAAAACAAGAGCAUGUCUGAAUGACUUAAACCUGUGAAAAAACAAAACCAGGCUUAUUGUUUACAGUGAGUCCUGCUGGUGCUGGUCUCUGCAUGUUAAAUGCUCCUGUUUGUCUUGGGGCUUGGACUGAGUGCCCCUUUUAAAGCCCUGAUCCUGCUACUGAUGCUACUGUUCCUUCACAUCCUGCCACCCUCCAGACUUGAUAUUGAAGGACCUUUCAAAAGAGCAAGACCUUUCCAGCUCAAUUUUUCUUACAUGCUCAGCUAGUUGUUAGGGGUCAUUUUUAUUUACAACCAGUGGGUGGAGCCAAACUCCGCUGCUUCUCUUCUCUAACCCUCUCACUCUCCUCUUCAGUAUCUUGUGCUUCACCUACUUCCUCCUCUCCUCUUCCUAGUGUGUUGUAGAGAAUACACCAGUGUUUGUCCUGAGGCUGGCUGACUUGUAGGUCUUAACAAGAUCUGGAGAGUUGGGAGUACUUAUUGACUUGUUUGCCCCAGACUUGGAGAAAACUGUAAGACAGCUCCAGAGAAAUGCUCUUAUUAGACAUGGCAUCUCAUUUGGACAAAGAAAGUGAAGCAGGGACAGGGCAGAAGGGUUAGUAUUGCUCUGUUUCUGUUCCUACACCAGAGGAUUAAUCAGUUUGAGCCUUUUUAAGUGCUUUCUUCAUCUGAGGACAGCUAGCCUAUGAAUGUAUUUGUUCUGCAUGAGUGAGCUAUACCUUUGUACACUCAGCGCCUCUCAGGCCCAGUUUUGCCCUUGUGUGAUUAAGAGGUGUUUAAUGUUUGUGGAAAUUUUUAUUUUCAAGAUUAAAAGCCAGACAAUUGUGCCUACAUAUAAACUCAAGCAUUUAAAUGAUGGGAGUGAGCCUGUUGUGGAGGCCAAAGAGCCAGAAAGACGACGCGCUCUGCAGCACUCACACCGCAGCCAAUUACACACCCAUCAUAUGGUGAAAAUGUCUGUUCUUCACAUGUUUGAGGAAUCCAUCUCAGUCUGAUUUGGAGCCAGAGUCACUUGGUAGCUCUGCAGUAAUUAUGCUACUUAAGCAUUUUUACUGAUAUGAAGUUGUGUGAACAUGACUAGGACACAGUAUACCACAGAGCACUCAGACUUUGAGAUUGGACAUAUGCACAUUAACUGUGUGGUACAGGUGAAACCCCCCCUUCCAAGGAUUUGAAAUCAACUGUGUUGCCCCCAGUGAUUGCAAGCCAUCUCAACUAUGCAUAGAUUAGGUGUGUUCCCAGUUCAUUACUCCUUAUGGGGGAUGUUGGCAGGUCUAUGUUGUCCUGUUGGCAUAAGACGGGGCUAUGUUUACAAGGACACUAAAACUCUCAUUAUUUUCAUACAGUGUAUUUUAAAUGUAUAAUUUACAACUGAAUUGAUUUGGCCAUUGUGAUAACCUUGUACUCAUCAGGAAGUGGGAAGACAGUCGUCACCGACAGGCCAAGCAACGCGAGCAGUUGGAUCAUCAGAACAUUAGAGGACUUCAGUUCUAUACAAGUCUGUCUAACAUGGGGGUUUAUUUAAAUUUUGUCUUGUCAUAAAUACUUGUGUUUUUGUCCUGUCUGAACUUUUUUAAACUGUUAAUCUGACUGACAGAAAUGAUAGGAAAUGGAAAUGAGACCAAAGUGGUAAAAAAAGAAAACUUGGCUACGAGUUAAAGUCUGGUAUUAUACGUGUUGUAUUAUACCUGCUAUAUGAAGAAAAUGAGAUGUGAUGACCUCUGAUAAUAUAAUUCCAUAACAGGCACCAAAAAUCGCCCUCUCCAACUGGUUACAACUAAAUAAUGCACGCAAAGAAGCUUUUACUAUCAGAAUUUCUUGUCUGGGAAACAUUGGACUGGCAGAGGCAGAAAGCUUUCCUCCCUGACAGUGCAGUGUGAUAUGUCAAUAUAUUGUGCUUUUAACUACUGUACAGUAAAUAUCAGGACUGUAGUAGCUGUUAUUGUGACCGAUACAAAAAACUGAGCUAGGCCCCCUGACCGUGCAGCAUAUGGGUCUGUGUGUUUUUUGUUUCUGAACAAAGAAACAGAAGAAGGCAGAGAGUUCCUCUGCCCAAGGUUCCUCCUUUGUGCCCAUGGACGAGCUGAAUAAACACACACACACAGCAACACAUACUGUAGCAUUGACCCAUUUUCAUCUCCACACUCUCAUUUUUCCUGCAGCCUUUGUCAGGUUAUCAGAAUGAAUCUGAGAGGUUAUACUAUACUGUACUGUAGUUCUCUUCAGAGGGAUGCUUUAAACUGCUAAUUGAUUUAGGUCCCCUGUGACUCAUGCUCCAUGCAGAUGGAUAACAGUGUUUCUGGUCACACAUAUAUUAGUCUGCCUGCACAAAUGGAUCAGUUGAAACACCCUGAUAAUACAGCAAGAGUAGUAAAUAGUGAUCCCACUUCUACUAAUGCCACUGUCUUUUUUCUUUCCUCUUUUUCUCUAUCCAUGUAAAUUCUUACAUUCAACGUAGUGAGUAUUGCUCUCUCUGCUACGUGGUCAACCAUGGGAAUAAAAUCAAGCUGAUGGAUGGAGAGAAAAUGUCUUAAAGUGUACAAUACAGGAGGCCUAAAACAUGUUUUGAUUUAUUGUACUUAUUAUUUUAGCCAUUGCAUCAGUGCGUCAGAUAACAGAUACUGAAUGACCCCACCCAUGUCUGUCCAUAAAGUGGCUGUGAUUGCCCCACUGACAUCCUUUCCUUUCUUUACUGAGCAGCACUUUAAAAGGGAACACCGCCAUAGUUCAAAAUGUACACAUGUUAACGUCAGGGUCUAGAUAGUCCAGGGAGAAUUAGUGAUAGUGAGAGUUGCUGUGUGACAGGAGAAAGUUUGAGAACCAAGUCGUCACCCCCACAGUGCAGACAUAAAUUCAUGCAUGAUCAAAGUAUGUCAACUAUACAAAAACACAUAUAUAAGCAUAUAAUUAAGUGACUGGAAAAUGCUUAAUCAUCAGUUAAGCAGCUUCAUCUGCUCCCUUGACAGGUUAGAGCAGACAAAGCUGCAACCGCAUUCAAAGUCAAACAUUCAACAAGUAAAUAUUUUCUGAUCCUCCGACAGAAAUCUGCAAGGCUGCUCUUCUUUUCCAGCUCACAGAUUAGAUUUACUGUUGCAGAUGUUGCAGGGAACUCUCAUCUGGUUUAUUCCCAGUAGACUGAGCCACCACACACAGAAAUAGGGAAUUCUGAUGUGUAAACCAGUGGCAUUCCCCUUUAGCUUGAGGCUUAAAUUACUUGUACUUAUGUAUUUAUUUAUUUUUUUUUAAUUAUUCUUACAACUUUUUGCACUGGUCUGUUUUUACUUUUAUUUUCUCCAAGUUAAAUGACUGAGCUUAGAGUUGUCCAUUCCUUUAGACUUCCUCGCGAUGAGGGUAAUCCAUUUUCAUAUUAAUGUACUCCAGGGACAAAACAUGUUGAUAAUAUGUAAAGCAUAGUGUAAUAUGCAAUUAAUUUAUACAUUGUUGCUUCUUUUUCUUGUUAUUCAGAUUUCGUGGAUAAGUAAAUACGAUGUCACAGUUCUGUUGUUUCUUACUUGUGUGUGUGUGUGUGUGUGUGUGUGUGUGAGUGAGUGAGUGUUAUGACACCGUGGGACCACUGUUUCCUGAUAAUUUGUUUCUUUAUAAAUUAAAUACAAUAGCCAGCCAGAUACUUCUUGUGAGUCAAAAUGCAGUGGAAAUAAAAGGAUGUCAUGAGUAACCAUGAUCUCAGGGAGCGCCACUCAACCUGCAAGCCACUGGAGUCAGAUCAGGAGAAAACUCUGACAACUGAUGGAAUGUAUUUGAUAUAGAGGGAUACUGAAUUUAACUGGAACUUAUAAAAGAAAGUGAGAAAUUGUCCUGUCACUGAACAUACACAUUAAGUGAUGCAGUAAUUACACACAAAAACUGCCUGAGGUGCUCCCUCCUGUCAGUUAAGACUGGCAUAAUAUUCCACUUCCUCCACAUAAAUAAAGAUUGGUGCACAGAUGUCACGGUGCUACAGAGGACAUGUAUCACGGA